GUGUGUGAGAAAGAAAGUUAGAUAGUUUAUUUUGAACCCUAGGUGAGCGCUACAAGACUUCGGUGAAAAAAUAAUCAUACCUUAAACAUAAAUUCUAUCACCUUGGGUUCAAUUCGGCCUUCAAGAUCGCUCAGUAACCAGGUCAUUUUAGCAACUUGUUGGAAUUGGAGCACAAGCCUAAGCUGCACGAAUAGUUGACUUAUUUGUCUUAGAGCUAAGGAGUGAAGGGUAUACAUUCUGUCAAGCUCACCUGUUAAAUUCCAGUGAGAAAAGAUGUUGGGAGCUUUGCGGAAAAAUUCUAGAAUUAGCUUGAUAAAUCUUGUUUCUUCAUUGAGACAUGGUCUGGGGUCAGAGGGGGUGGUGCCUCUUGUAUCAACACAACUAAAAAGUCUAUCUACUGCAGCUAAAGAGAUGACGGUGCGGGAUGCACUUAACUCAGCUCUUGAGGAAGAAAUGUCUGCAGAUCCAAAAGUAUUUUUAAUGGGGGAAGAGGUUGGUGAAUACCAAGGAGCUUAUAAGAUUUCCAAGGGCCUUCUACAAAAGUUUGGACCUGACAGAGUUCUUGAUACCCCAAUUACCGAGGCUGGUUUUACCGGCAUUGGUGUUGGUGCAGCAUAUUAUGGACUGAAACCCAUUGUGGAGUUCAUGACAUUCAAUUUUGCUAUGCAGGCUAUUGAUCACAUCAUAAAUUCUGCAGCCAAGUCAAAUUAUAUGUCUGCAGGCCAAAUCUCUGUGCCCAUUGUUUUCCGAGGACCAAAUGGAGCUGCUGCUGGAGUUGGUGCUCAGCACUCUCAGUGUUAUGCUGCAUGGUAUGGUUCCUGCCCAGGACUAAAAGUUUUGGUUCCAUAUUCGUCAGAAGAUGCUCGUGGAUUGCUGAAAGCUGCUAUCCGUGACCCAGAUCCUGUUAUAUUCCUUGAAAAUGAAUUGCUGUAUGGCGAAUCUUUUCCAGUCUCAGCAGAAUCUCUUGAUUCUAGCUUCUGUCUUCCAAUUGGGAAAGCAAAGAUUGAGAAAGAAGGGAAGGAUGUGACAAUCACAGCUUUUUCAAAAAUGGUUGGCUAUGCUUUGCAGGCGGCACAAGAACUUGCAAAAGAAGGAAUCAGUGCUGAGGUUAUAAAUCUUCGUUCAAUUCGACCUUUGGAUAGAGCUACAAUCAAUGCUUCUGUUAGGAAGACAAAUCGGCUGGUGACUGUUGAAGAAGGUUAUCCACAACAUGGCAUUGGUGCAGAAAUUUGUACUUCUGUGGUCGAGGAAAGCUUUGAAUAUCUGGAUGCACCUGUGGAAAGAAUUGCAGGGGCUGAUGUUCCCAUGCCUUAUGCUGCAAAUUUGGAGCGCUUGGCAGUUCCACAGGUAGAAGACAUCAUUCGUGCUGCAAAAAGGGCUUGCUACAGAGAAGUUCCAAUGAGUGCAACUGCCUAGUGUAAAUUUGAUUUGAUUUUUUUCUUUAAAAUAAAAGGAAAUUUGCUAUAUGUUUAAUGAGGCCCAAGGAUGUGUUCAGAAUGAUCCUAGUAUAUAGGGUAUGGUCAUUUUGAACUUUCUUUUGGUCAGGAUUAUUUUUAUCCUUGCUGGCCUCGCAAUUUUUAAUGCUGGAAAGGUUUUUUUUUCCGCUCUCAGAGUAUGUAGCUCUCAUUGUAAUUUACUGUUCAGUUGAUGGGAAUUGAUCCUCGUUUGUGUUGAAAUCAAUUUCUAUUAACUGUUUUAUCAUCUGCUAUCCGUCAUUUUUAACCAAAAUUUUGGUGUCAUUUGGUGCGGAGCCUAUAUGAGCCAUAAAAUUAAGUAGUGUAACACCAGGUUUUUAUCCUUGAAUAAUAAUGAAUUGUUAAAUGUGAUGAUUUGCUUUGCUGUA